GAAAAAGCAGCAGGCUUUAUUCCUGACCAACAUCUGACUCGUACUUCCAGUCAGUGCAGCUACGUGCUCUCAGAGACGCUGAACAAUGGAGUCUGGCUUACACACCGAUGUAAAGAAGGAGCUUUUCUGUGCUUUUUGCGCUGCUCUGCUCCUCAGCUCGGUCACAUCAGCAGAGGAAGGCGCUCAGGUGAAAAACUCCCAGUGUCACAACUACGCGGGAGGACACGUAUAUCCCGGAGAGGCAUUCCGUGUACCCGUAUCCGACCAUUCCCUGCACCUCAGCAAAGCUAAAAUUUCAAAGCCUGCACCACAUUGGGAAGGAACAGCCGUCAUCAAUGGUGAAUUCAAAGAGCUAAAGCUGUCUGACUACAGAGGCAAAUAUCUUGUUUUCUUCUUCUAUCCAUUGGAUUUCACAUUCGUCUGCCCCACUGAGAUCAUUGCAUUCAGCGAUCGUGUUCAUGAGUUUCAGGCCAUCAGUACAGAGGUGGUCGCCUGUUCAGUGGACUCCCAGUUCACCCACUUGGCAUGGAUCAAUACCCCCAGGAAACAAGGUGGGCUUGGACAAAUGAAAAUCCCCCUGCUGUCUGACCUCACUCACCAGAUUUCAAAAGACUACGGUGUCUACUUGGAGGACCAGGGACACACUCUGAGAGGUCUCUUCAUCAUUGAUGAUAAAGGCAUCCUGAGGCAGAUCACCAUGAAUGAUCUUCCAGUGGGCAGAUCUGUGGAUGAGACUCUGCGGCUGGUCCAGGCCUUCCAGUACACGGACAAACAUGGAGAAGUGUGUCCAGCAGGAUGGAAGCCAGGCAGUGACACAAUCAUUCCUGACCCUUCAGGCAAGCUGAAGUAUUUUGAUAAACUCAACUGAACUGUGUUUCCCCAGUCUGUGAAAUCCGGCCAGCUUCAAAUAAAAUGUGUUUUCCUAAA